AAAUAUAAAUUCUAAUGCUUUUUAGAUUUAACAUAUAAAUAUUUCAUAAUAUAUAUAAAUAUAUAUUUUUUAAGUAUUAGAUUCUUUUUUAUAAAGAAAAAUGAAAUAGAAAUUUAUGGCUAUUUUUAUAUAUUUUGAAAUUAUGCUUAAAUUUGACAUAUUUUAUAUUUUGAAGCCAUGCAUAUAAUUUGUAUUUAAUUUCUUGGUAUGGGCAUGCAUGAGAGUUAGCUAAUAAAACUUUAUGAAAUUUCAUUUUUGUUUAAGACGUUUAAUCAUGUCUUUGUGUCUCCCAUAUGUGCUAUACCCCUCUAUCUUUUUUGAAUGUGUGGACGGUGGCGUGUAGGGUUAUGUGGUUAAUUAUAAUUCUUAGUUGAAUAUUUUAAUUAGCAUCAUAUAUGUAAUAUAAAUUAUAAACUGUAGAAUAUAAUCUCCGAUGAUAUGUAUACAUAUAUAGCUUUCUUUUCAUAAUUAAUUGGUACAAAAUGUCGGCUUAUCCUUUACUAGAGUAUACCAAUAUGGAUCAUUUGUUUUUGUACACCUCACACCUUUUUUUUCAUCACCACAACUCUACUCAAUUCAACUCUUGAAUUUAAAACAUUUUAAGCAAUCUCUCUUUCUCUAUCUCUCAGCACCAUAUAUAUAUAGAUGAAUAUCUAAGCAAAGUAUAUCUGAACUCGAUCGUCACACUAAAAAUAUAACUAAUAUAUUAUAAUAUAUUACUGUAGAGUUUGGCUUCUCUAUUGGUAAUAUUUCCCCUUACCUUAAUUAAUUAGAACCAAAAAAAAUGGGAGAUAAUCAGAGUGUAAAGCUACCUCCUGGAUUUCGGUUUUGCCCAACAGAUGAAGAGCUGAUCCUUCAGUUUCUUUACCCUAAGGUUUUUGCCUUACCAUCUGCUCAUCCCAAUAUCAUUCCUUAUGUUGAUCUUCGCCUUCAUCAACCUUGGGAAUUUACUGGUACGGCAUUGUCCAGCGAAAACAUGCACUAUUAUUUCUUCAGCAAAACGACAGAAGGUAAAGUGACCUCAAAUGGGUAUUGGAAAGAAAUGGACAUGAAUGAGCCCAUAUUUGUUUCUGGAGCUAAUAACAAAGUUGGUGUGAAGAAGUAUUAUGUGUACUAUGUCACUAACCAUGGCUACCACCAGUCUCCAACUUCAGCCACUGAAACCAAUUGGGUCAUGGAAGAGUACAACCUUUGCAACAAUCUUGAAUUGAUGAGUACUACUAUUUGUCCAACUUAUAAAAGGCGAAGGAAACAAAAACUAGACUUUAAAUGGGUUCUAUGUCGAGUCCACGAAAGGAAGAUGGAGGAUAUUUCUCUGAAGAGUGUCCAGUAUGAGGAUGAUGACAAUGGAACCGAGCUUUCUUGCUUAGACGAAAUGUUCUUGUCGGCAUUAGAUGAUGAUGACUUUGAGGAAAUUAGUAUGCAAAUACUAGAUUAAAAUCUUACAUUUAUACAAAUAUAAAUGUAUGCUAUAUUAGAUAAUAAUUAAAUAAUAGCUAACAAUAUAUAUAU